AUGUACCAACGGCUUGACAAACUUCGCAAGAACGCUUUCGCUAGUGUCUGUGUUUUCGGUGAGGAUGACAAUUCGACAAUAUCUGGAAUUUGGGUGUGGCGUGGUCAUGAGUUAGUUUUCAAGUUGUCUGAAAAUUGGCAGAUUGACUACGAAAGUUACGACUGGAAAAAGAUGGACCCGAAUAAUGCCGACACCAAAGAGAUGCUAAAAGAAUAUCUUUCCUGGGAAGGUGCUUUCGGUGGAAAGAAGUUCAAUCAGGGCAAGAUUUUCAAGUGA